GCGGGGGAGCGCAGACGGUAGGCUUCGUCCCUGCGAACGGCCCAGGCUCAGUUCAGCUGCUGUCCAGUCCCGGGUCGGCGCCCGCGCCGUCUCCCGCCGGUCUCCCGCCGCUCGCCAGUCAGUCUAAGAGCCCCCUGCCCUCCCACGAGGGCGCCCCGGGACGGAAGGAGCCACCAGCCUGUCGGCGCCCGCAGCUCUCGUGGUCGCCGUCGCCGUCGUCGUGGUGGUAGUCUCCGCCGUCGCCUGGGCCAUGGCCAAUUACAUCCACGUCCCUCCCAGCUCCCCGGAGGUGCCCAAGCUGGACGUCACUGUGCAGGAUCAGGAGGAGCAGCGCUGCCGGGAGGGGGCCCUGAGCCUCCUGCAACACCUGCGGCCGCACUGGGACCCACAGGAGGUGACCCUGCAGCUUUUCACAGAUGGAAUCACAAAUAAACUUAUUGGCUGUUAUGUUGGUGAUGCAAUGGAAGAUGUAGUCCUGGUGAGAAUUUAUGGCAAUAAAACUGAAUUGUUAGUGGACCGAGAUGAGGAAGUAAAGAGUUUCCGAGUGUUGCAGGCUCAUGGCUGUGCACCACAGCUCUACUGCACUUUCAACAAUGGACUGUGCUAUGAAUUUAUACAGGGAGAAGCACUGGAUACAAAACAUGUCUGUAACCCUGCUAUUUUCAGGCUAAUAGCACGCCAGCUUGCUAAAAUCCAUGCUAUACAUGCACAUAAUGGCUGGAUUCCCAAAUCCAAUUUAUGGCUGAAGAUGAGAAAAUAUUUUUCUCUUAUUCCCACAGGAUUUACAGAUGAAGCCAUUAAUAAAAGGUUCCUAAGUGAUAUCCCAAGCUCUCAGAUUCUUCAGGAAGAGAUGACUUGGAUGAAGGAGAGUCUGUCCAACCUGGGCUCACCUGUUGUGCUUUGCCAUAAUGACCUAUUGUGUAAGAAUAUCAUCUACAAUGAGAAACAAGCUUUGUGUCUUGUAAAAUGUGAUGUACAGUUCAUUGAUUAUGAAUAUUCUGGCUACAACUACCUGGCAUAUGAUAUUGGAAAUCAUUUCAAUGAAUUUGCAGGUGUGAGUGAUGUAGACUACAGUCUCUAUCCAGAUAGAGAGCUCCAGGGUCAGUGGCUGCGUUCUUACCUUGAAGCUUACAAAGAAUAUAAGGGCUUUGGGACUGAAGUUUCUGAAAAGGAGGUAGAGGUACUCUUCAUUCAAGUCAACCAGUUUGCAUUGGCUUCUCAUUUCUUUUGGGGAUUGUGGGCUUUGAUUCAAGCCAAAUACUCCACUAUUGAUUUUGAUUUCCUUGGGUAUGCAAUUGUCCGUUUUAACCAAUACUUUAAAAUGAAGCCUGAGGUUACUGCAUUAAAAGUGCCUGAGUAAAGAAGAGAUUUAAUUAUUCUCAAGUAGCUGAACAAUGCUUGUAAAUCUUUUCUUAAGAAAUCCAAAAAGCCAAUAUUUGUUAAAAUUCUGUUACUUAAUUUGGUUAUCUUGCUUUACGAAUUAUGCCUCUACACAAUCUAUUUUUUAAAUAGACUGAAUGAUGUCAAGAAUAUACCUACUGCUAUCAGUAUGUGGUGGAUUAGAAAUUUGUUAAAUCUACAAAAAGGUAUAAGGAUGUCAGUUUAAUUGUUUCUUUGAUAAUUUAAUCUGUUAUAUGUGAAUUAUUUAUUAUAAAUUUAACAUGUUCUUGUGGUGAAUGAUUCAUCUGUUUCAUCAGUUUGUUGAGUGUAAACAAUGAGAAUGUUGCAGAGAAAGUUUGUUCCACUUUAAUAAGAAUAAUUUUAGUAAAUUCUAGAUACAGUGUAACCUUUUUAUUUUCAUGCACUGUAAGUAAAAUGAAUCAUUUACUCUUGAAAUGCCAGGCACUGGUAUAGAUAACUUAGGAUGUUCAUAGAAAAAUACCUGUUUAGGAGGGUGAAAUACAUUCACCAUUUAUGCUAGUGGUACAUCUUUUUGAACUGAGUAUUGAAAAGUUUCUUUUUAGGGAAUAUAUCUUAGAAUUAAAAUCCCCCUCCCUACAUAGUCUGGUAUAUAAAUAUUAAUAUUUACCAUAUAAUCCUCGAAUAGAUAUGAUUUUAUGUUACCAACAGUUGCAUUAAAUAAUGUUUUCAUAUACUAAAUAUGGUCAUUUAAGUUACUAGCUUGAUUUUAAAUUUUCAUGACAUCAGAUUGUUCCUAACUAAAAAUUUUGUUUUGUUUAUUGAGAUUUUCCAUGUUUCACUUGGUAUUAAGUGGUAGCUAGUAGAUAUAUUGUUAGGUUUUGAAGCAAAGGUGUUUAUGAUACUUGGGAACAAGAGAAUGUCAUUUAGACGAAUUCUUGACCUCUCCAGAUUCAUUCCUUUCAUUUUGGUUUCAUGCUUUAGUUAGGUUCCAUAUCUUUAGAAUGGUAUCAGCUGAUUACUUGACACGUAGUUUCAGAUAAAUAUGUUGAUGUGGUUAAAAGAAAUAAGGAACAUGUAGGGCAUUGAUCUUGUACAUUUAAAAUUUGAUGUAAAAAAUGUGAAUUAAGCAGAAAUACUCAUGGUAGGAGAGCUUCUGUUUUGAUUUCUCUUGAUUUUGCUUUACCUUGAAUUCUAAUUUUAUUUAGGUGUGAGAGUGUGGCAAUUAUAUGGAAGGGAGUUUAGAUCUUUGGGAUAGAUAAGUAGGCUUCAAAUUUUGAAGACUGCUGUGUGGACCUGAGCAGUCAUGGUUAACUUAGAAAAUUAGUCUGACAAGCUUUGCACUUUGGUCACAUAAGUGCCCACGUACAAAGUUGGCUUAAUGGAUCUGCAUAUUCUGAAUAUGCAACUACAAAUUUAUCCUCUGAAACUUUCUGGGAGCCUGAUGUAUUAUUCCAAAUGACUUAAUAAUUCUCAAAUAAGUGCUUUAAAAUACUUGGAUUAUAUCAAGAUGUUUAAAGCUAAUAAAGUAGGUAGAAACACUUAAAGGCCAUUUUAAAUGGUAAAUUCUAGUUACAUAAAUAGAAUAUUAAAAUUUGUCUGUAUCUGUAAGUGUUAGGCUAAGACUGGGAUUUGUGUUCUACCUCCCCAGUGUUACAGAUGCUCACUUCUGUCUUUAUAAACCAUAGUACUGUAGAGCGGUAGGGUUUUACAUUAUUGCCUAACUGAAUGGAACCAAUUAAACAAUUAUAACUUUUAUAUAGUGUUAGCGUGAACUUGAAAAACUGUUCUUAGUGGAAUUUUUGUCUGUGGUUGGGAAAUUUUCUUAGAGUGAUGAAGAAAUGUAGUAUUCGUUUUCCUUUUUUUUUUUUUUUUGGGGGGGGGGGGCUUUCUGACUUCUAAAGUGAAACAGUAUAUGUCCUGGAGAACUAGAGGAGAAAAGAUCAUUUUUCUACUUUACUCCAUAUUCUUUCAACUAUUUUGAAUAGCAAUUCACUGAGCCAUUGCUGGUAGACUGCUUGCUGCUAGCUGUGAUACUAUUGUAAGCGUUCCAGAGAGAUUAGAAAGAUUCAGGUAGAGGGGCGUGUGAAAGGGAAUAAAAGCUUUCUGUGUAGCCCUAGGAGUGUGCAGUAGAUCUUGGGAACAAAAUAAGAAAUUUAAGAUAUUUCUCCCACUCUUUGGCUAGAAGUUGGAGGCUGUGCAGGUUUUGGGAUCAUGCUGCAAGCCAUUAGGAUUCAAAGUUGUUUCCUUUUAAUUGACCAUUUAAGGAAUUCUGAAGGAAAAACAUCCCUCUAAAAUUGUGCUGUGGCUUGCUGUCUGUCUCCUUUUUAUGUUAAGCUAAGGAACUUGAAUGCCUUACCUAAUAACUCAGCUGGUUGGAACUCACUUUGUAAAUAUAAAAAUGGUUGUCAAAGAAGUGGCAUUCAUGUGUGCUCACUGUUAGUCAAUAGACCAUAGUGGCCUGGAUGCUUUAACAAGCAAAAUCCCACAACUUUUUUUCUCACUAUUCCUUACUACUUCUAUGAUCUUACCUGCCAGUAAUUUGACUUAAUCCCCCUCUUAUCCCACGCUAUCACCAUUUUCUGGAAAUCAAAGAGAUGUGGUAGUAAUUUAUAUUGUUCACAUGAUCAUUUGAGAUCAUUAUGAGCACAAAACUCAUCAACUAGGUCUGCCUGGAAUGUAUAUAAAGUAGUGUAAAUAAAAAUUUGUAAUUAGUGUGAAUUGUAUCUUGCAUAUGAGAUCGUGUUUUGUUUUGCAUUAUGUUCCCUUUUGUAGAACUUUUUUGGUAAUAACCUGAUCCAGCCCUUUGGUUUUAGACUGGAAAUAGCCAACAUACCUGGCUGCACAGUGGGAUAACAAGAGGAACUGGAAAUAGGGCUUAUCUGGUUUUGUUAAUGUCACUACUUAUUUAUUUAGCCUCUCAGUGCCUAAUAUGACUUUUCUUCAUUCUUUAGUUGGUCAUUAGUUUUUUGAAGUUACUUCCUGCAAGCAGUAAAUUAAUACACUGUUAGAGCUCUGUUUCUUCAGUCAUUGUUCCCAGCUAAAGCAGAUGAGAAAUACAAUGAUCAUAAACUUCUGAAAUAUUAUUAUUUGCUGUUUUCAAGGUUGUUAAACCAUUUUCUAUAAAAUAAUCCUUGGAAUUUUAUAAAUCUCAAUGUGAAUCUAAGUCUCAUAUUCACAAAAAAUAUGAAAAGUAAUAGCUUUUAGCUUAUACUUAGAUAUGCUUCAGCAUAUCUCAGUUGGUUUCUCUAAUGUUGUUCACUAUGGGAUUGUAAAAAGACAAAAAGCAUAAGUAAUCUUUUAAUGACUGGUAUUUCCAUUUUUACGGAAUUAAAAAUAUUUACUUUAACUUCAUAAAUGUUAAAGCUUUCAAAUUUAAAGAAAAAAGUUCUCCCUGAAACAUUCAACUCAUUAAAUACCUCCACUUUUACAAUUAUAGACUUUUUUUACAUUACACAGAACCUGCUGUACCGUUUUUAAUUCUUUCAUAAUGAGAAUACUGUCAGUUUGAAUUUCUGCUUUAAAUUGCUUUUAAUAAGCAUUUUAUAUUGCAUUCCAAAGUGAUAUAGGCUUAAGCUCUUUAUUAAUCACUCAUUCAGUUGAUAGACAAAGUCAACAGUGCUUUAUGCUAGGAGGAGAGUUUGAUAUUGGCAGCAACUUGAACUACUUUACACAAAAGGCAAGUGGUUGUAAUUAUUACACAUAAAGGAUAGUACAAGAAUGUGGUAAAGCCGCUUUAUUUCAAAAUUGAUUUGCUUUGAUUUUUUCUUGAGAUUUUACGAUGGCUUCUGAAAAGUUAGUUAACAUAUUAAGGCAAUCUUUUUAAAAAGAAAGAUGUUAUAUUGAGCCAUCUUUUUAUUUUUUUUCCUCAACAUACCACUUGUGUGAUUAGUUUUGUCUUGGGUUUGAUGUCUUUGAACAGGAAAGUGUAUCAGUUACUUUAAAUAAAUUUUCCCAUCUUUGAAACUUAGUCUGUUAAGUGUGUUGCUCUAAAAGAAAACACUUGAGUUUGCAUUAGUAGAAAAUUGGAAUUACAUAAUGAAUUAGAUUUUCCUGAGCACAGUUCUUACCUAAAAAUUUUCAUUUCUGGAUCAUAAUUUGAAAUGCACAGAAAAUUUCAACUACUUGAAUGGGAAAAAAAUGAUAUUGCUUAUAGAAAAUACCUUUUUGUAUUUGCUGCAUCUUAAACUCAAGAUUUUAGGUAGGUUUCUGUUCUGAAAACUUUUUUUCCUAUACUGAAUGCACUUACUAUGCUACUGAUGUUAUCAAAUAACAGGUUAAAGUAAAAUUUGUGUUCACUAUGAAUUCUGUAGCAUAACAAGUUAUGAAAAACUUGAUCUGUAAAAACGCUUAGUCCCUAAACAUAGACAUUUUUAUUUACAUUUUAUCCAUUAAUGACAUAGUAUCAUUAAUCAUCGUAACAAAACUUUUAGUAGGUAUUUAUAGCAAAACAUUACAUACUGGAUUGGACUUAGCUGACUGAUUUAAAUUAUUCUAUUAAAUUUCAAAACUCUUAAUAAAGGAACUUGAAUAAAGGAACUCAAAAUACAUUUUGAGACCCAGUGACAUCCACAUAAACUUGUAAUGAUCUGGAAAAGAACCCCCAACAGUGUUGGAGGAAAUCAGAACAUUUACUUGCCAUGAUUGUGGUGUUCUGUUACUUCCAUUUAUGUAGUGACACACUGAAAUUUUAAUUGUCUAAUAAUCUGAGGAAAUUUCCUUUUACUUAACUUUAAAAUUACUAUUAAUUGGUGGAAUCCACAAAGGGAACUUUAACUGUACUGUACUUAGGAGCCUUUGUACAGCUGGCAAGUUUCUAUGAUACGAAGUAUUUGCAUUUCACAAUAUAUUAUUAAUAUAAGGAAGAAGACAUGGCAUUGCUCCAUGUUCUUAAACAAUUUUGUUGUUCAGUUUCAGAAGAAAAAAGCAAAAUGAGUAUUUGUCAUUGCGUUAACUGUAUGUUGAAUUGGAAAAUUGUGGCAUAAAGCUUAAAUUUGUGUUUAUCAAAUGUGAAAGAGUAUUAUGCUGCUCUUGUAUAUACUGUAAGUGCUACACAUUGUCUCAGCACUGAAAAUGUAUUGAUACCUCUCAAAUGAAUGCAACUUUGAUGUAGGUGUUUUGAUAUGCCUCAGAAAGUAUCUGAGUGUCUGAGAACUUGUUAAUCUGUUUGGUAAUGAAGAUACUUCCUGUUUUUUUUUUUGUUGCAUAUUUUCAUGUUUAAAAUAAUUUCUACAUUUUUACUACUGUUAAUUUAAGUAAAAAUUGUUUAGUGGGUAAAAUGGGGUUGCCAGUGAAGAAAAUUAAAAACAGCCUCAUUCAUGUAACUGCUUAAGUAAAAAUACAUUUUUGCUUAUAUGUUCAUAAAUUUAACGAUGCUGUUUAUAUUUCUGUUUAAAUAUGUGAUGUUUAGGCUGUAUUUUCUGUUUAAUAAGGCCUUUCACCAUUGAUUAAAUGAAGGAAUGUAUCUUUUUGAAGAGAUUUAUAUUCUGUAAAUAAAAAUUGGCUGUAACAAUAAAGUCAGGUUCUAACUGCA